AUGCCCGCCCGGCCCCCUCUCUCGCCCGCUUCUCGCUCUUCUCCCUCUUCCUCCUCUUCCUCUUCACAUCAACUCCCUCGCUCUCCAUCGUCCUCGCUGUCCACCGCUCGCUCGCGUCUCUCGACCAUCUCCAACCACAUCAUGGCGUCCUCCUCCAUCUUCACCGCCAACGUCGUGCCCCAGGCCGCCGAGGACCCGCUGUUCGGCCUCAUGCGCGCCUAUCGCGCCGACCCCUCGGACAAGAAGGUUGAUCUGGGCAUCGGUGCGUACAGAGACGACACUGCGAAGCCGUGGAUUCUGCCUGUUGUGAGAAAGGCCGAUGAAGCAAUUCGCAACGAUCCCGCCGUCAACCACGAAUACCUGCCCAUUGCCGGUCUGCCUGAGCUCGCGCCCGCCGCUCAGAAACUGAUCCUGGGUGCCGACUCCGCCGCCAUCAGGGAGAAACGGGUCACCACCUUCCAGACCAUCUCCGGCACCGGCGCCGUCCACCUCGGCGGCCUCUUCCUCUCCAAGUUCUAUCCCGCCAACCCCAAGCCCGCCAUCUACCUCUCCUCCCCAACAUGGGCCAACCACCAGCAGAUCUUCACCAACGUCAACCUCUCCAUCGCCCACUACCCCUACUACUCCCCCAAGAUCAAGGGCCUCGACAUCGAUGGCAUGCUCGCCGCCAUCCGCGCCGCCCCGCACGGCUCCGUCAUCCUCCUGCACGCCUGCGCCCAUAACCCCACCGGCGUCGACCCCACCCCGGACCAGUGGAAGCAAAUCGCCGCCGCCAUGCGCGAGCGCAACCACUUCCCCUUCUUCGACACCGCCUACCAGGGCUUCGCCUCCGGCGACCUCGCGCGCGACUCCUGGUCCAUCCGCUACUUUGUCGAGCAAGGGUUCGAGCUGUGCAUCGCGCAGUCCUUUGCCAAGAACUUUGGCUUGUACGGCGAGCGCGCCGGCGCCUUUCACUUUGUUUCCGCCCCGGGCCCGCACGCCUCGGUCGCCACGGCGCAUAUCGCCAGCCAGCUGGCGAUCCUGCAGCGCUCUGAGAUCUCAAACCCGCCGGCGUACGGGGCGCGCAUUGCCUCGCUGAUCCUAAACGAUGCCGCGCUGUUUGCGCAGUGGGAGGAGGAUCUGCGCACCAUGAGUGGGCGCAUUAUCGAGAUGCGCAAGGGGUUGCGCGAGAGGCUGGAGAAAAGGGGCACGCCGGGCACCUGGGAGCACAUCACCAACCAGAUUGGCAUGUUCAGUUUCACCGGGUUGACGGAGGAGCAGGUCAAGGUUCUGAGGGAGAAGUGGCAUGUGUACAUGACCAAGAACGGACGUAUUUCCAUGGCUGGUCUGAAUACGCACAACAUCGACUACUUUGCUGAAGCGGUUGACAGCGUCGUCAGGGAGACUUCGUCUUAG